AUGUCCUCGAACACGAACACCGACAACCAUGCAAACGCCAACCAACAGUUCUCAUGGACAGAUACACUCAGCAUCGCAUUUGCCUCGUGCUCAGCAGCGUCUUCGUCAUGUUUUCCAUCGUCGUGUCUGCGGAGGGUCCCUUCUGACGACAGCAUCCAGAACGAGGGUGGCGUAGGCGGUGGCAUAAACCGAAUGGACGUCCCAACGAACCCCUUCAACCCCGCCAUUAACCGCAUUCCCCGUGCUCGUCCAGACGAGCUGCAAGGUCUCCUAGCGGAUGCCUACUCAGACAACGACACCGACGCCGAACGCCUCUCCCUCCACUCCAACUUUGGCCGCAACCGCCCCUCGAGGAAGAAGAAGAAACCCAAAAAGAUCUCCCUAUUCGGGUUUGACCUGUUCGGAGCGGGCAAGGGGAAGGGGAAGAAGGCCCCGCCGAUCCAUUUGGGAGAUGAAGAUGACGCGCUGUACGGUAAUAUCGACGCUGAUGAUGCUUCUUCGUCGACUACCACCACGACGGACGUGACAGGUCCUGUCAAGCAGAAGCGUCGGCGCGACUCGCGAGCCGCACGUCCGAACGCAAGCUCGGACACUCUUUCCGCCCCGCUCCUCACCGCUUCGACGUCCAUGGCGACUUUCGACUCGGACGCCGCCCCACUGCCGUCCUCCGUCAUCGAGGAACUCUCGUCGUCGACCUCGGCAGCGGCACUCAUCGCAGCCGCGGAAGCUGAAGCACAGGCGUUCAAGCAACAGCAAGCGGAAAAGGAGGCGAGGAGUCAAAGGAAACGUGAGAGGCGUGCUCAGCGGGAGCUUAGGGAGAGAUUAGAGCGGGAGAGGUUGGCGCUGGAGAGGUUCAAGAUGCAGGGAGUCCUUCCCGAGAGUGGUAAUGGUGAAGAGUUUGAGGGAUUCCAGGGUAGUGGAAGUGCUGUGCCACCGAGUAUGGGAGCGCUACUCGCCAGAAGGAGUGGUGCUCCGGGUACGGGUACGACGACAGGCACGUCAACUUCGACAUCGACAUCGACCUCGCAGACUGGAAGUGGCAGCCGACACGAGCGACUUGGAUCUGUCGUCCAGGCUGCCCCUGUCGCUGAGCCAACAACCCCGGAGGCUGACGAGGAGGAAGCCGCGGAUCUAGGUGGGGAGAUGUACUCUAGUAAACGUCGUCCUUAUGGAAGCAAAAGCUCCAACGGGAGCGACUCGCGCAGUCGAACAAGUCGAACGAGUGCAUCAUUCUCCCAGAGCGGCCAGGGCCCUCUUCUUCCUACCAAUACCCAACAACUAUCAUCUCUGCCACCAUCCCCGCUCACGACCUCUCCACCCAUCUCAAACUCGCAAUACCCACAACCGUCACCCCUUCAAUCAGCCUUUACGACUCCCGCUCCCAAUACCCCAGCCUUGGAGAAACCGAAAAAGAAAAAGAAGAAGCACGGCCAAGUGUCCAUCUCGUCUACCGCGCGAAGCCACUCCACGACGAGAACCUCUACCUCGAAUGCGUCCACCUCCCAGUCGACAUCCCUCGCCUCCCCGACAUCCACCGGCUUCGGCAUGGCCCAUCCACACACCCUCGUCCCCGAGGACGGCGACUACCUCCAAAUCGUCAGCCCCAGCACAAUCGAGCAGGGAUUAGGCUUCUUCGACGCGGACGAUCUGCCUUCAGUACCCAGCCCCGCUGCAGCCACAUUCGACAAGGCUGCUCGGCGCCACGACUUUGAUGGGACUGUCGGUGGUGACUUUGAUGGUACCGUUGGUGGAGGAUUCGACCAUGCCCCCAUGAAGCAGGAUGUAGCUCAGACCCGAGACUCCUCGAGGCGUGGUGAUUUCCCUAUGGCUGGGUUUGGCCUUGGUGGGGGCGGACGGAAAGCCAGGGACAUGGCCAAGUUUUUGGCUAACACGGGUGAUCAGGAUCUUGACGGUGCUGGAGGACUUUGA